CCCAGACCCCCGCAUUCUUUAGUAUCAUGAGGUAAUGUAUUUGGAAGUGGGCGGGGUUAGAGACGGGAAUCGUAGAAUGCAGUGUUGCCUGGACACGUGACAUCACGGGAGGCUCCGUCACUAUAUAAACGAGCUGCGCAGCUGAAAGUCAAGAGAUCUUCAGUUUCAGUAGCGCACCUUGCGGAGGACGAGUCUACGCCAUUCUUACUGCCACCACCCAUGGGAAGCGGCCGUGUAAAUGCAUGUUAAGAGACUACCAGACGCCACUGGCGACGACGCGAACCCGGGGCUGAGAGGAGCGCCUCCCUGGGCCUUCUGAUAGGAGCUUGUUGCAUACUUCUAAACGACGUUAUUUGGAGAGGUCAGCAGGACCACAUUAGAACAUAAAAAUGCCCACGUACAUCCAGGAGUCUGACUUCACCAUGGUGGAGGAAGGCUUUGUGGCCAGAGACCUGAUGGAGGAAAUUAUUAAUGACGUCUCGCAGACUGAUGACAGGGAUGCUUUCUUUGUUGCGGAUUUGGGGGAUGUAGUAAGGAAGCAUCUGCGUUUUCUCAAAGCUCUGCCACGUGUGAAGCCUUUCUACGCCAUGAAGUGUAACAGCAGCAGAGGAGUAGUCCAGAUCCUGGCAGAACUAGGGGCAGGAUUUGACUGCGCCAGCAAGGCAGAAAUUGAAUUGGUCCAAAGCAUAGGUGUGAAGCCAGAACACAUAAUUUAUGCCAACCCUUGUAAGCAGAUUUCCCAGAUUAAGUUUGCUGCCAAGAAUGGAGUCCAGAUGAUGACUUUUGACAAUGAAGUGGAGCUGUCCAAAGUGUCACGAAACCACCCAAAUGCCAAGAUGGUACUCCGCAUAGCUACGGAUGACUCCAAGUCGUCUGCCAGGCUUAGUGUGAAAUUUGGGGCUCCAUUAAAAUCAUGCAGGCACCUUCUUGAAAUGGCUAAGAAUCUAAACGUUGAUGUGAUUGGUGUUAGUUUCCACGUGGGGAGCGGCUGUACGGAUCCCAAAGCAUAUGUGCAGUCUAUUUCAGAUGCCAGGAUGGUUUUUGAAAUGGCAUCAGAGUUUGGUUACAAGAUGUGGCUGUUGGAUAUUGGAGGGGGCUUCCCUGGGACAGAUGAUUUAAGAGUUCGUUUUGAAGAGAUGGCUGCUGCAAUAAACCCAGCACUAGACCUAUAUUUCCCUGAAGGCUCCGCUGUGGAGAUCAUUGCUGAACCUGGAAGAUACUAUGUAGCAUCCGCUUUCUCUCUGGCUGUUAACAUCAUUGCUAAGAAGGAAGUGUGCUUGGACAGCUCUGGAUCAGAUGAUGAAGAUAGCUAUCCUAACAAGAACAUAAUGUAUUAUGUUAACGAUGGCGUUUAUGGAUCAUUCAACUGCAUCUUCUUUGACCAUGCUCAUCCGAAACCCAUUCUUCACAAGAAACCGUCUCCAGAUCAGCCAUUAUACAGUAGCAGCUUGUGGGGACCAACAUGUGAUGGCUUAGAUCAGAUUGCGGAGCAUCUUCAGCUACCAGAGCUUCAAGUUGGUGACUGGCUCCUGUUUGAUAACAUGGGAGCUUACACAGUGGCCGCAUCCUCCACAUUCAACGGUUUUCAGCAAACCUGCAUUCACUAUGCCAUGCCACGGGCAGCUUGGGAUGCUGUUCAGCUCCUGCAGAAAGGAUUCCAUCCGGAUGAAGAGAAGGAGAACAUUUGUGCACCCAUGUCCUGUGGCUGGGAGAUUUCUGACUCUUUUUGCCUAACGCCUGCUUUUGCACAAGCCAGAAUCAUCUAGCUCCUGCAUUCUGAAGAAAUAUGGAAAUAUCAAUCUCUUUUAUUGCUGGCAUGUAGGACCAAUCUUGGACUUGUUGUUUUUAAGUAUGCAACAUAAAAUCUCUUACCAAAUAUCA